AUGGGGCGGGUGAUUGCUGGUGUUGAAUAUUUGCCGGUUAAUUAUCGUUUUGAAAUAGAUAAGACAUUAGUGCAGAUACGAAGACGUGGAAGUAAACGUAUUGCUUUGCAAUUUCCAGAGGGUAUUAUUCAUUUGGCAACGGUUAUUUCUGAUAUAAUUAGAGGGGCUAGUGAAGUAGAAGAAGUUGUGAUCUUAAGUGAUGUGGUUUAUGGUGCGUGUUGUUUAGAUGAUAUAUCUGCCUUUUUAAUUGGUUGUGAUUUAUUGAUUCAUUACGGACAUUCUUGUCUCUUUGAAAUUCCUAAGUCUUUACUGGGAGUAGUUUAUGUCUUUGUGGAAAUCUCCUUUGCAGUUGAACAUUGUGUGGCUAUGGCUUUACAACACUUAGAUUGUACGGACUUGUCAGUGCUAGGCACAAUUCAGUACAGUGGAGCAGUAAGAAGAAUUAGAAGGAUUAUUCAAGAGACUGUUCAACGACGGAUAGGUGAAAAUAGAGAUAAGAUCAGUGAAAAUAGAAAUGGGAUGGAAGGGAGUAGUAAAGAGUGUAAGAAUGCGUGUAGUAGUGAGGGAGUGGUUGUACCACGUAUAAUGCCCCUUAGUCCGGGUGAAGUACUAGGGUGUACAUCUCCGGCAGUUAAGACGGGUAAUUUACUGUUUGUAGCUGAAGGCCGGUUUCAUUUAGAAAGCACUAUGAUACAUAAUCCGCAUAGGAAGUUCUUCCGGUACUGUCCAGCCACUAAGACCUUAACCGAAGAGAAGCACGAUUAUACUCAAUUUAGAACAAUCAGAAGACAGCAGCAGUUGAAGGCAUUGGAGUGCCAGCAAUUCUUGGUGAUUUUCGGGACACUAGGCCGGCAAGGUGGCCAGAUGAUUCUAAAACGAGUACUUGCUUCUUUAAAGGCACAUAAUCGGGCCUUUACUUGCGCUUACUUAUCAGAGAUAGACGAAACAUUCAUGGACUCGGUUGAUAAAAACACAGCAAUUAUUGAGAUUGCGUGUCCUAGGAUAGCUAUUGAUUGGGGGACUACUUUUGAACAGCCACUUCUGACUCCUUUUGAGUACUUUACUCUUGAACAGGAAGUAGCCGACUACCCCAUGGACUAUUACGCCCGUGAUGGCCAAGAAAAGCCCUGGCGUAUUUACCAAUCGCAAUAA